UCCUAUCAGUUUGAGUUAAGUUAUGUGAAAAUGUAUGUGAAAGAAAACCCAGAAGCCUUUGCAUUAACAAGCCUGUUAUUUCAGUUAAAUUUGAAGUUAGACUAAAACGGAGAGAAGAAGAAGGUAAGGAGUAGCAAUUAUAAAAUGUGUCUAUUUGUGGUCAAGUAUUAAGACAAUGAAUCAGAUCAUUAUGUGUUGAGGUAGCCGAAUAUAAAAUCAUUUUAAUCAAACUUACUUGUUCAUUAUAGUGGUUUUCUUUUUGUGUCUGAGAACAACGGUUGCCAUUAAACAUUACGGAUGACUAACCUGAGCACAGAUCAACAUGCUGUCCAGUCAGUGUGGUGUGAAUCAGAUGAGAACUACAAGCAAUGCCUGCAUAGUGUGUUUGGGAAAUCGAUUGCUGAGUAUUUCCUCAGCUCCUCGUACCUGCCCAGCAACAAUCCUGGCUGGUACACAGAGAUAACAGACAACAUGAGAGGUCAGAUAAGUGCCAAGGCAUUAUGGGACACACUAAGACAACGUUCUACAAAGGUUCUGGAGGAAAUGGAGACUGAAACUUCUCAGCAGGUUGAGAGAAUGCUAGGAGACUGGAAUAUGCUAAAAAGACAGGACCAUUUGCAACGACUUUCAGGGCUGAGGUUUAUGUACCGCAAUGCUCAACAUAACCAGGCCUACUCCAUGCUCCUGCUGCAGCAGAGACUACAGUCUCCCCUCUGUAACCUCGAUACAACCGAAGGACCCAGUCAAUAUCUAACAGAAGAGAACACACUUGUGAAAGAAUAAGGGGAGGAGCUUGCUGUUUAGUGUGUACACCCAGAAGAGCUAUUCAACUCUCAUGUUAAUGCCAUUCUGAAUGCUGAAAUACUACAAAGUGGUGUGUAAUUGUAUUACUUUUUGUAUUACAAUAUAUUAAAAUGGGACCUUUCACCUUUAGCU